GGCAGUGUUGUGAUUUGAGUUUAGUGGCUUGCGUUUUUGACAAGUUUGGUUCCUGAUUACAUCCGAAACCGCACGUAUACGGAUGUAAGUCUGCAAUUUAACAUGAGUGAUCCUUCAAAAGAAGAUCAGCAAGAAGCUGCCGAGAGAACAACUUCAUGCGUUCGAAAUUCAAAGAGCGGUCGUAGAUAUUCAUUUUCAGUGUCUUUCCCGGCUGAGGGAAACCAGCUGAUCACCGGUUAUUUAGAACCGCCAAAUCCAUGGCAAUAUGCUGAGAAUAUAACUCGUAAGGAUGUUGUCGACGCAUACAAGCUAUCUUGUUGUAAGCAUGGUGUUCAGCCAUUACCUGCCGUUCUAAAGGUUUUGGAGGAAAUUGAUUUGGAUAUUGGUCGCAAUGAAAUUCUUGACUUAGCAGGUGAGCAAUUAGUUUGGGGCCACUGUGAAAGCUUGGAGGAAGUCCUAAAGCGUGUCCAAUUCAAGCAUAUUAACUUGGAAGCAACAUCUCUUGAUGAUGAGGGGUCAGUUGCGUUAUUUGACAUGGUAGAAUAUUAUGAGGCAGCUGUUCAUUUGAACAUAUCUUCCAACCCCAAUAUUGGUGUUCGAGGAUGGCAGGCAUGUUCACGUAUGAUCAAGAAGACCCUGUGCCUAGAGCAGCUUGAGGCAAGGAACUUAACAUUAAAUGAACAGUUCAUGCCUAUACUUAGCCGAGCCCUACGAAUUGGCACUCAGUUGCAGGUGCUGAAGCUGGAAAACUGUGGUCUUGCAGGACGACCCACUGUUAUUCUUACUUCUGCUCUGAAAUUAAACAGUGCUCUGAAGGAAUUGUAUUUGGCUGACAACAAUCUUGGCCCAACAGAUGCUAUACAGAUUGGUGCCCUGCUUCGUGCAAAUGAAACCCUUCAACUACUUGACAUUAGUAACAACAACAUUCAAGAUGCCGGCCUUUGCCAUAUAGCUGAUGGACUAGCUGAACAGCCAUCUGGGGCGGGACUCUGCAUUCUUGUGAUAUGGAACAACCAUUUAACAACUAAUGCUUCAAAGCACCUUGCAAGGCUGCUGUCUCACAGUAAAACAUUGGAAACACUGAAUGUAGGCCAUAACACACUGAGCAGUGAAUGCCUGCAUAUUAUAAAGGAGCCACUUCAGCAGAACCGUAGUUUGUUACGUUUGGGUAUGCAGUCAACACACCUCUCAUGUGAGGGUGUCAUAGCUUUGGCAGAAUGCAUCGCAGAUAAUAAUGUUAUUCAGCGGAUUGAUCUGAGAGAUAACAACAUCCAACUAGCUGGCCUUUUAGCACUUACGCACUCCUUGAAAGUUAAUCAUAGUGUAACGCAAGUGGAUCUGGAUGACAGACCAAAGAAAAAGAUGGAAGAUGACGAUAAACAAUAUGAACAACUGGUGGCUGAAGUGCGUAGAUUCUGCACUCGUAAUCAAGAGCAAGCAUCGGAACAUCAAGACACAGUUGGAGCUGAAGUGCCAGAGCGUCGACUACGUAUUCCAAAAUCUGUUUCUCGAAAAAUCUCGUUAACCUGUGAAACAUUGAUGCGGAAUGUGGAAACAGCUAAUCACCAGCAGCCACAGCCACAUCACCUCUUGCCAGAAACGCGACCACGUGGAGGUGGUGGUCGUCUACGCAGCCCUGCUCCAUCUCCAAGCCCUAGUCCUGUCUCGAGUCCUAUCCCUAGUCCAUCUCGGAAUCGCUUCCAGGUAUCAAGAGUAUCCGAGAUGUCUUCACCGACAACUUUCUUCGAAGUAUCAUCAUCUCCAUCAUCAUGUCCAGUAACAGCAUCACCAUCUGCAUCAUCAUCCCGGUUCCAGGUGACUUCUGUUGAACCAAGUGUUUUAAAUCCAGAUAUAAACAGAAGGAUUGGGAGGACUGUCACACCUGGCUUUUCUUUCAAGUUGAAUGACAAUGAUGUAUCUCCAAAUAACCAUUUAGAAACGUCAGAUGAAUCUAAGAAAUCAGAAACACCUUUAAAGCCAUCUGUAGGCGGCCUCACGGAUGAAAGUGCUGGUCUUAGAGCAAGUGAAUUGUCUUGCUCAUCAUUAUCGUCAUCAAUAAUUACAGGCGAUACAACCCAGAGUUCUCCAGGUAUGCCGACUCAACUCAUCGAUACAUCCAAAAUAUCGCAGAACAUUGCAAAACAAAUGCAAAGUUUGUCCAGUUGUGCAAGUUUACUGUCAUUAGCUUCUGACACUUCUGAAGAUAAUGAUGACAUGGAGGUUAGGAGACUUAUGGAUCCAGAAAGUUUCACUGAAAAGCAUAAUCAACUUGUAACAGAUAUCCAAAGUAAUUCUUCUCUUCAGAGCACAAAUUUUGAAAUUCCAGUUCCAAAAGUGACAACCCAUUCAGAUGGAGGAGUUACAGUCAGUUCUAAUCCAACAAAUGAAACUCAUUCAAAUAGUUCGAAAUUAGUUAGUAGGUUUGGACAUAGCACAGUUCCUCAACCACAAAGAAAGAUUUCAUGGGUUGCACCACCAGACAUCCAUUUCAGUGACCAAAAACCAACUUCCAAUUUAGAAAAACUUAUGGGAUUGUUUCAACAACCAGGCAGCUUCUUCAACAAAUCCCAGCCUCAGUACAAAGCAACAGCUGCUAUCAUAAAUCAACAGCCUACAUCAAAUAGUGAUGCAGCAUUUCUUUUGACUGCAGGGCCAUUGGCUAAUGCAGUUAAAGAUGCAAUGCUUCAGAAAUCUGGAAAGCUAAUCCCAGAGGGUCCCGAAGUUCAAGCAUCACAAUCUCCAGUGCCAGAUUUCAUCAAUAACAAUAAAACUGGAGAAGCCAAGGUUAGUGAAUGUGAUGAUAAAAAGGAAAUUUCACCAGUAUCAUAUGAGAAAGGCAACCAGCCGAGAAUAAGGCAUCAUGAGGAUGAAAAUUUUAAUCUAGCCAAACCUUGCCUACCAGUUGUUACAGGUGAGGAUGAUCGUGAUAAUGAUGAUGACGAUGAUUGUGAUACCCGAAUGUGGUGUCCCGUAACAUCAGUCUGUGGCAGUGGUAUUAAAUUGUGGGAUUCAGCUGAUGUAGAUUUCAGUCAAAGUGCUUGUGGUUUUCAGUGUGGAAAUUUGAGUGUGAUUGAUGAUGCACGGACAGUGAUGAAACUUCAUGUGAAUGAAGCUGGAUCUCCUACAACUGGUGAAAAAAGUGACAGUGAUUGCCAUAGUCCAUUUUCUUUCGAAGAGUCGUGUAAUCCUGUAAAAUCACCUGAAAAUGUUGAGACUACUGACCCUGAUCUGAGACAGGCUCAACUAGUUGACAAAGCUAAUAACUUAAGUAGUGCAAGAGAUGAUGAUCAGAUAACUGUGGUACCUGACUGAAUAACUCAUUUCUGUAAAUCCUUUUUGCAGGCACUUCAUGUGUAUUUCUCAUUUGUGGA